CCAACAUCCUCAAGUCCAGUUCAAACGGUACAGAAAUUGGAGAGGAUACAGGGCGGAAUAACCCGUAACAAUGAAAUUAAAGGUCAAUGUAGGCCCAGAUCCUGGGCAUACGCAAAUUGCUUGGGUGAAUCAUGAAGGACGGCCGACAGAAGUAGAUGGGCCAUAUUGGGUCGGUAGAAUUUUGGUUCGGGUCCGCGACUUUGACGGUGUCACACCUGAUGGUAGCCCACCAAAGGCAGAUUCUAUCUAUUUUCGCGGUCGUUCAAGAAAGUUUCAAAUCCAAGCUGAAGGUCGCUUUAAGAAAGAGUACACCGGCAAUCAAGUCAUAUUUGGCACGCAAUUUGAUCAUAUGAUCUCUACAUUUCCAGAAAGCGCUUUUCGUGCCGGAAUGCGAAUUGCCAAGUAUAUUGAUCCAGCUGUUUACUAUGACAAAUUUGCGAAGUCACCUUAUAUUAUGUCUCCAUUUGUUGCAUGUGUUAACACACUUUCCGCUUGGCCAGCGCCUAGCCGUUUGGACGAUGCUGUCAUUUCGUUAGUGGAAGCAGACCCGCAAGAAUCUGACACAGACUCUUUACCAGAGAUGAGUGAAAGUUUAGACGACGAUCCGCAGACGCCCAUAUCCUCGCCCACUAAAUCUUCCGUCAGCAAAUCGAAUCUUAAAACUAAUACACCUCCUCCAAUAACCGUCACUGGUUCACAAUUGUCCCCUCCGCAUACCAACGAUCCUUCCAGGACGGAUCAUGAUAAUUUAAGCUUGGUGUCGUCGGAUUCCGGUAACACUACAGCUUAUCAAAAGGGCCGCCAUCGCUAUUGGAGUUUUGCUGGUUUUAACAAUAACACCAGGUUUUCACAUCUGAACUUGGCUCCUCAUACACCGGAAGUUGAUGAAUCACAAAAGGGACAACAGAAUGUACCUGAACAGUCACUAGCAGACUCUGUUGGUUCAUCAGCUAUUCGUAGAUCUGGUGAAGAUGCAGAUAGUGAUGAUGAUGAACUUGUUUUGCAUCGACCUAUUACCAAUCGUCACAAAAACUUUAGUGUUCAUGUUCAGCAAGUGGGUCUUUUGCAUAAGCCGAGUUUGGAUGGGGAUGGUUAUGUUAAUGAAUUUUAUGAUGAUGAUAAUUCUUUUGAUGACGGAAAUGAAGAGGAUUUGCAGCGCUAUUUCACAGCUCUUGAAAUGCAAUCCGAUAAAAAAAACCCUAGAAAACCUAAAAAUAAGGAUCCUUUUCAUAGGAUUACACAUCCAAAUCUACACAUUGGCAAAAUCUCUACGCCAAAAAUUAUUAAACGGAUGUCUUUGCGUUCGAAAAAAGGAAGUAAGAGCUCUAAGCAAGAAUCUUCUUCUCAACCGGAAACACAACGUACUUCUAUGUCUAGUAUGUCUCCUCCGCCUGUCUCUAAAAAUGAAAAGAAGAUGUCUGCACCUCGCCGUUCGCUAGACAAACUGAUACGUAUUGGGUCUUUACAUAAACACCAUCAUCAUCAUCAUCAUCAUAAUCAAAGUAAAUUGGAUCAUCCCGAGUCUGACCCUGGUGUUGACUCUUAUAAGAAUGAAGGUAGACAUCAAAUUGAGUCCGUACCUCAAAGAAAUUCUUUAUCUAACGAUCGCCCUUGCUCUUCCCCUUCUACCUUGACUUCACCGGAAGGCUCCAUUUCAUCUACUCCCAAAGUUAGUGGUGAAACAGGAUCUUUACCCCCUCUUCAUGAGGACACUUCACCAGGUGAAAACAAUGGUAGCACCUCCAAGCCGGCUAUUAAGGCAGAGCAGGAUAAGCCUAGAAAUACUUUACAAAAGCCGUCUCUCGAUAUGUCAUCUGAUAACCAUUUGCAGGGCAGUAGGAAUGGAAAUACGAAUGAUGCUGACAAUCACUUGAGUGUGCCAAAGAAGCCUGUAAAGCCUGUGCCUUCCCGAACAGCAUCUCACCAAUCAAAAAUUCCAAAACCCUGUGUACAUAUUCCUUCCGAAUCGAAUUCUCUUGAUCCCCAGCUUGGUCCUUUUAGAUUUGCCAAUCCAAAAGUUGAUCCAAUUGAAGAUAAUUCUUUCAUCUUUGGAGAGCACAGAUCUGUCAAAGAUAGGAGGAAGUAUUUUUCAAGUUCUGAGGAAAACAGGGCAAACUUUUUUUACGAUAAAGAUGUUGUUUAUUGCAUGAGCUUCUUCUCUCCUCAUAUGGAUUUUAAUAAGUUUAACUUGAAUAUUGGUCCAAUUAAAUUGAAUGUUUUUAGGCAUCUUAAUGCUGACGGUCAUCAACCUAUUCGAUAUAUGAUGCGAGAAACCGAAGAUGAAAAUGCUAUUAUGUUCGUGAUAGAGUUUGAUUUGGUAGAGGAUGACGAUGAGGCUGUUUUAGCUCAGCAAGCUACAGAACGCGAACGGAGAAUAAAUUAGCAAACAUGUUCAAUUUGAAUGGCUAAAGGUUAUGAGUUUAUUUAUUAUUAAUGGUUCCCUUACCUAUGUUAAUUUAUGUGAUAAAACUAGUCAUGUUCUUCGUUGCGAGACAGAAGCCUUUCGUUUUCUUGUAAGCUGUCUUUUUUCUGCUGUUAAUAAAUUUGGAGGUUUUUUGGACUUUAAAGCACAACGCUAUAAUUGAAUUGAUUGACUAUGGCUGUUAGGUCUUUCUGUUAUGGAAUACGUGUUCGUUAGUGGUCGGUUGUUAUAUUUUUUAUCUGGCUUAAGUUUUUAAAUCUCUAUUCUCGGCCUUCUACUUUUGAUUUUACAACCGUUACCUUUUUCGGUCUUAUAACUGUAACAGCUUUCAUUUUUAAUCAGUAUACAUUCCCUAAAUUCAAAUAGUUUGAAAGCACAUACUACAUCAUAUUUAAUGAUUUAGCUUUUUACAGUCGUUGAGGUUACUUUAUAUGCGUAAAUUGAAGCGAUUGCAUUGUAGGAAAAGAUAGAUUUAAAAGUUAGUCACGUAUAACUGAGAUUUUGUAAAAAUAAUUUAACAGCUGGCAAAUCAUAUAUAUAUUGAGUAUUCGAUACAGUAAACUCUUAUCAUUUUCAGUAAAGUUGUUUUU